UGGCGUCCACGACGAAUGUAUAAGAUGGCGCUCUUCCGAUUGACGCCCUCACACUCCGCACCACCAUGAAGUCGUCCACACUCCUCAAGGCGCUGGUGCUGUCCGCCGUCCUGGUGGGCCUCAUCGAGGCUGCCCCUUUCCACGGGGGUUGCGGCUGCGCUAGCCCCUGCGGCUGCGGCGGAGGCGCCAAGUUCUCCGUGGCCACCGUGCCCAUCCAGCUGUCCCUGCCCGCCCCCGCCCCCGCCCCCAGCUGCGGCUGCGGCUCCAUCUGCGGCGGCUCUUGCGGCAUCCCCGCCCCCGCCCCCAAGUGCGGCUGCGGCUCCCUCUGCGGCGGCUCCUGCGGCAUCCCCGCCCCCUGCGGCCACCACGGCAAGUGCGGCUGCGGACCCCGCUUCAUCGAGGUCACCAAGUGCAAGAAGUUCCUGGUGCCCGCCCCCAGGCCCCGCUGCCACAAGUGCCUGGUGCCCGCGUGCAUCUGCGACGCCCCCGCCCCCGUGUGCGGCUGCCCCCAGCCCUGCGGCUGCUGAGAAGCGCUGAGACGUUCUGCAACCCCAACCAGGCCGUGAGGCCGGCCGAGCUCGACCCCACAGGACCGCAUCACAGCGACGAGGGUAUGACGCACGUUUAGGCCCGUUUUGGCAACUUUGUUUUGAAUGCUAUAAACUAAAAAAACAAACUAAAUUUGUGAGAAAUUUUAAGUUUGGUCUAUAUUUUGUUUUGCUUUUUGGUGCGGAUGUGUCAUGACGGUUUAACCCCAGCAAUCCUAUUUUGACUAUCUUUUCGAACGUAUUUCUCUUCUGGUUACCUUUCUCAUUUUGAUUAUUUGGACUCAAAAACCUGUUGCGGCUUAUUGGCUGAUGCGAAAUUAAUGUUUGGAAAGAAAAAAAAAGACGAACAGAAACGGAGUGUCAAAUUUUAUCCUAAAUUAAAAUGUAAAAAAAAGUGAAAAAUCUCACAUUUAAAUUGUAACCGUGCGUACUGGUGUUUAUUCCUGUCAAAACCUAAUCAGUGAAAUUUAUUAUUGAAAAUUUGUCAGCCCUCGUACCCAUUUCUCUUUCGACACGAGCUACAUUGCAGCAUUGAAAAAAAAACAAUAAAAGAACCGAUACUUCUGGAA